CAAAAGCCUUAAAUAUUUCCUAAUAUUCUCUCUCCCACUACGGUCACGUAUUUCUCUCUCUAAAGCCUCUUCACACUGUCGGUGUUAGAGAUCUUGCAGUUCCCACACUCUUCAGCAACCUUGAAAAGCAAUAGCUGGCUGGUUUAAGAUCCAAGAGAAGAAGAAGUUGUGGUGAUUUAUUUUAUGUUGUGUUAUGUUAGUCGUUGUUGAUGGUAAUUUCUUUCCGAGCCGAGUGUGUAUGAGAAGAGGACUUUGGUGGGACUGUGGGCUUGUUAUCAGAAGCAGGGGACGAUGGGGCAAAUGCGGUUGAUUUGAAUUCAUCUUUUUUGUUUUUUGUAAUUUUCUCAAAUUAAAUUAUGCAGCAAGAUCAACGAAAAAAGAAUUCUUCAGAGAUGGAGUUUUUCUCUGAGUAUGGUGAUGCUAAUAGGUACAAAAUUCAGGAAGUUAUUGGGAAGGGAAGUUAUGGUGUUGUUUGCUCAGCCAUUGAUACUCAAACUGGUGAAAAAGUGGCAAUUAAGAAAAUAAAUGAUAUUUUCGAACACAUCUCUGAUGCUGCUCGUAUUCUUCGGGAGAUAAAGCUGCUCAGACUUCUACGUCAUCCUGAUAUUGUAGAAAUAAAACACAUUAUGCUGCCUCCUUCUAGAAGGGAAUUUAAAGAUAUUUAUGUUGUUUUUGAGCUCAUGGAGUCAGAUCUCCAUCAAGUCAUUAAAGCCAAUGAUGAUUUGACACGAGACCACUAUCAGUUUUUCCUUUACCAGCUCCUUCGUGCAUUAAAGUAUAUUCACACAGCAAAUGUCUACCAUCGAGAUUUAAAACCAAAGAAUAUAUUGGCCAAUGCAAAUUGUAAACUGAAAAUCUGUGAUUUUGGGUUAGCAAGAGUUGCAUUUAAUGACACACCUACUACAAUUUUCUGGACGGAUUAUGUUGCUACAAGAUGGUAUAGAGCUCCCGAGCUCUGUGGAUCAUUUUUUUCUAAGUACACACCAGCUAUUGAUAUAUGGAGCAUAGGUUGCAUAUUCGCAGAGGUGUUAACUGGGAAGCCCCUUUUCCCUGGAAAGAAUGUUGUCCAUCAGUUGGAUUUAAUGACAGAUCUGCUUGGCACACCUUCAUUAGAUACUAUCUCUCGGGUUAGAAAUGACAAGGCAAGGAGAUACUUAACUAGCAUGAGGAAAAAGCAGCCAGUGCAGUUUGCACAAAAAUUUCCAAAUGCAGAUCCUUUGGCUCUGCAACUGUUGGAAAGGUUGCUGGCCUUCGAUCCAAAAGACCGGCCAACUGCUGAAGAGGCACUGGCAGAUCCUUAUUUUAAAGGACUAGCAAAAGUUGAGAGGGAGCCUUCUUGUCAGCCAAUUUCAAAGAUGGAGUUUGAGUUUGAGAGGCGGAGGGUUACAAAGGAGGAUAUCCGAGAGCUAAUUUUCCGGGAGAUAUUAGAAUACCAUCCUCAGUUGCUUAAGGACUACGUGAAUGGAACUGAGAGGACAAAUUUCCUUUAUCCAAGUGCUGUUGAUCAAUUUAGAAAGCAGUUUGCACAUCUUGAAGAGAACAGUGGUAAAAGUGGGCCAGUAAUUCCACCUGAAAGAAAGCAUGUAUCUCUUCCUAGGUCAACAAUUGUACAUUCAAAUACAGUAAAUCUCAGGGAACAACCAAGUUCCAGAGAUCGGCAGGCGGCUGCGGAAGAGGCAUAUAAUAAGAAUUCCAGGGAAUCAGAAGGAAUUCCUGUAAAUAUGCCAAGGACCUUGGCAGCAGUACAAAGAUUUCCAUUGGCCAAACCAGGAAAAGUUGUGGGGCCAGUUGUACCAUACGAGAAUACAAGUGUGAUGAAAGAUGCUUAUGAUCCAAGAACUUUCAUUAGAAGCGCAGUCCUUUCUCAGGCAGUCCCUAGUGCUUAUUGUUACCGCAAAUCUGGCACAGGAAAGCAAGAAAAAUCAACUGCAAUGGAUUCUGAGAGGGAAUUGUCUACCCAGGAAAAACAAGGCCCUCAAUGCCACAUGGGAGCCAAACUUACACCAGAUAUAGCAGUCAACAUCGACUCCAAUCCAUUUUUUAUGAAACGAGUGGGAGUGAAUAAGGUGGACCGAGGUAAUGAUAGAAUUGCCAUCGACACAAAUCUGUUGCAGGCAAAAGCUCAGUAUGGUGGGAUUGGUGCUGCAACAACAGCCGCUGCCGGUGCCACUACUCAGAGAAAGGUUGGGACUGUUCAGUAUGGUAUGUCAAGGAUGUAUUAGAGAAAGGAUUAGAAUCAGAGGCAGUGGUGUAACAGUUUGGCUGAGUAGAGCAAUCCCUAUUAGUGGAGUGUUCCUAUAAAAAUAUGGAGACGAGUAGAAAGGUAGGAUUGUAAGUUAGGAUGUGUAAAAAGAAGCUGAGGAUCUGGGGUGUCCUGUCUUUGAUAUAUCUAGCUUUCUCAGGUGGAGUUAGGUGCCAGUUAAAGCUUGGUUUUGGGAAAGACUAUAUGUUAGUGAAAAUAUACAUUCAACCCAUGACAGAAAUAUCACUCACUCUAUUUCGCACAGUUCAUUUUUUUUCAUGAUAAAAUAAGAAAAAGGGCUUACAUAUAUGGUAGGUUGUAAUUUAUACAAGGAUGUUAUGCAGUGCAAGCAGACAUGAUUGGUUGACAA